AUGCUAUGCGAAUACUUGAAUCUGGAAAAUUGCUUGUCAUACUGUCAAGAAUCCCAAAUUCUCGCAGUUGACGACAUACAAUCAGUGAUUGAUGAUCUCACUGGAUUACAGGCCCAUUUCUCUCCAUCAUUAGCUAGUGAUUGUAAAAUCCCUGACCCCCAAAGUCAUGAUGAAGAUGGUUGGGAUGUCUAUCAAGCCAUUGAAUAUGCCAAGUCUUUAAAUAUGAUCGGUGUUGAUGUGAUUGAUGUUUCCUCUGGUGGUAGUCGAUCAGAUGUCAACUACGUGGUUUAUAAAUUAUACCAAGUACCCUUUUCCAAGGCUGUCAAACAUAAAGCGGGUAUCUCCACUGGACGCGGAAGAGAUUUUGCGAAAGGAAAAAAGCCAACCACAUCUGGGUGGGUCAUGAACCGUUGUGCUGUUGAGUUGGGAAUUUGUAUGGAGUACAACCCCGUAAAACAUUGCCAUAUCGCAUUUUUGGCGAAAAUAUCAAACAUUGACCGCCAAUCGCCCGACUAUCAAAGUACAAAAAUGAGCAACUGGCACAGAUCGAUAUCCAGCUUCGUGGUUUAG